CCCUUCCGCCAUUGUUACACUUUUUGCUUUUCUCUCCUUUUCAGCUCCCUUCUUCUUCAUUCUUCUUCCUCCUCUUCUUCUUCUUUUCACCAUCAUGAAUAAUCCACAUUUCAACUCCCUCUCGGUUACCAGUACUAGCAGCUCUCCUAUCGACCUCAUCACCAUUCCUUUUCAACCUUCUACGUCCUCUUUCGACUCAUCCAACCGCCGUCGUCCUCGCAAGAAACGCUCAAGAACCCAAACCGACGACGAUCACUACUCCACCACCGUUCUCACCACUUCUAAAUCAAAGUACACCAAGAAACCCGAUCCUAAUGCACCCAAGAUUACUCGUCCAUGUACUGAGUGCGGGAAGAAAUUUUGGUCCGAUAAAGCACUUUUCGGUCACAUGAGGUGUCAUCCUGAACGUCAAUGGCGUGGGAUUAUUCCUCCAGUUAAUUACCGUCGUCCCAUUUCGGUUUCUCCUAAUUUUAGCCCUAAUCUCGAACACUCUUCUAAUUCGUUUACUGAAGAAGAUCAAGACAUUGCCAAUUCUUUAUUAAUGCUUGCCAAUGGCCCUAAUUUCUCGAUUUCUAGGGUUUCUGAUUCUCGAUUUGAAUGUUCGAGCUGUAAGAAAGUGUUUGGAUCGCAUCAAGCACUUGGAGGACAUAGAGCAAGUCAUAAGAAUGUAAGAGGCUGUUUCGCUAUGGCAAAGAGCGAUGAAGAAGAAACGGAAGAUGAAAUUACUCUCUUUGGGGAUUUUGGACGCCAUGAAAGCAGUUUCAAUCUGGAGAAUAAAAUGUCGAUGAUGAUUCUAGGAACAGAUCAAAACCAUAAGAAGAGAUUCCAAUGGGAGAAUAAUGCAGCUACAGAUCAGGAGAGAUUUGUUAAUUUGGAUUUAAACUUGCCUGCUCCUCUUGAAGAUGAUUCUUCUUCUUCAUAUUCGUCAAGCCUCACUUUGGAUCUCAGUUUGUCCAACUUCUCUAAAGAGGAUAUGCAGGCAACAUGGAUAACAAGGUGCCCUUCCGGAAAAAUCAAGAAAGUAGGUCAUUAUUCUCUAAGCAAACUCCAGCUCGUGAUCGACUCAGUUCAAGGUGCUGAUGGUUCAAUACAAAUUGGGCCUUUCUAUGAAAGCUUCCCACAAUUGAACCCUCCCAGUUUUCCUGACACUGACCAUUGUUCAUCCACGAAGAUGAGAGACCAUCAGAGGCAAUAA